AGUGCUGCCUAUCUGCUCCUCCCCUGCUUUGGACUCCUUUUGCCUCCUGCACAAACCCUGACCAUCUCCCUCCCGCCUCCCUUUUACUGCCCGCCCCCCAGCAGGUACUGGUGGCAACGAAGGUAGGGCAGCGCCUUCGCCGGCUCGUACUGAGCACGCGCAGGCGGCUCCGGCAUGUUCCGGCAAGCUGUGACGGGAGGCCGUUCCUGACAUUGCACCGGCCACUGGCGGGAUGAGAUGACAUCAGCUCGGCGGGACGCGCGCAGGCGGGACAACGCAGCAAAGAGGAGAGUGUAUGAAAACUCUAUGGGGUCAGCCAAAAAUGUGAUAAGUGAGACUGUUGAUGUAGCAGAGAGUUAUAACAUGAUGGCUUCUUUCCAGCGCUCUAAUAGUCAUGACAAAGUGAGGAAAAUUGUUGCAGAAGAGGGUCGUACAGCAAGAAACCUUAUUGCAUGGAGUGUCCCACUGGAAAGCAAAGAGGACGAUAGUAAGUCUAAAUGGCAAGUAGGUGGAAAAUCUAAGAGAGUGACUCAUGGAACACAUAAACCUACAAAACAGGUAUAUAUGUUGAACUUUUCAGUUUCGUUUUAAUUUCAAUUACAGCAUAUAAAUGUCAUGAAAUAGAACUAAUACACCAUUUACUCAAUAAUGUGUGCGCAUGAGUACGUGUGUAUAUAAAUAAGAUUACACACACACAACUGUCUUAAAAGAACAUUAUUAUGUUGCAAAGUUAAGUACACAGAAGUUAGAAAAUGCCACAAUGAAGGUUGUCUAUGCAACCUUAAUUUGGCUCCCAUAUGCAUAUGCAUUAUGAAACCGUCUCUAAUUCUUCUUCGAGUGAUGUCACUAUCUGUAUUCUACAUGUGGGUGUGCAUGCACCAUGCACCAAAGUCCGGAAGUUCUUCA